CUUUCCCUUUCCCCACCUCCACUCGACGCCUCGGGGACAAAUCGCGAGAGGGAUUUCGCGCUAGGGUUUCGUGGAUCGAGAGAGAGAGAGUAGGGUUUGGAGAGCCGGCCCCCAUGGCCUCGCCGGUGGAGGCGGCGGCGGUGGGGAAGGAGGUGGAGGGGGCAGGGGAGGCGGUGACGGGCGCGAUGGUGAGCGCGGGGUUCGCGGAGCUGGAGCGGCAGCAGCAGCUGCUGGCGACCUGCACGCACCUGUACCAGCAGCUCGCGGAUCACUUCGGUUCGCUGGAGCGCGGGCUUGCGGCCCGCUCCGACGCGCUCCGCACCCGCCGCUGCGCCUUUGACGCGCGCACCCACCGCGCGCUCGACGCCUUGCACCGCCGGGAGGCCUCCAUCGACGUCUCCGUCUCCCGCGCGCUAGACCACCUCGACUCCCUCUCCGCCGCCGCCGCCUCCUCCGGCGGGGACAAGGGGGUUCCCUCCGACGCCGAUGCGGCCGGACUCGCCGAGAACCUGCGCGCGCUCUGCGUCAGGAUGGACUCCGCGGCGUUCCUCGGGUUCGUGGUCGCCCGGCGGAAGGAGGCGGACGCGCUGCGCGCCGAGAUGCCGCCGGCGCUCAAGUGCUGCGUGGAUCCGGCCAAGUUCGUCAUGGACGCGGUCGCCGACGUGUUCCCGGUGGACCGCCGCGAGGUGAAGAACCCGGCCGACCUGGCCUGGGCGUGCGUGCUCAUCCUUGAGGCGGCCGUGCCGGCGCUGGCCGACCCGGACCCGGAGAUCGGGGCGGCGCGGCCCCUGGUGCCGCGGGCCGCGCGGGAGCGCGCACGGGGCAUGGCGAGGGAGUGGAAGGAGGCGGUCGAGAAGAAGGGCGGGGUGGAAGGGGCCAAGCCGUCCGACGCGCACGCCUUCCUGCAGCACGUGGCGACGUUCGCCGUGGCGGAGAGGGAGGACCGGCCGCUCUACCGCAAGAUCGUGGUGAGCUUCUCCUGGCGCCGACAGAUGCCCCGCCUCGCGAUCACCCUCGGCCUUGAGGAAGAAAUGGCUGAUAUCAUCGAGGAACUAAUUGCUAAGAGGCAGCAGCUUGAUGCUGUGAAUUUCGCAUAUGAGGCUGGUCUUCAGGAGAAGUUCGCUCCAGUUCCUCUUUUGAAGUCCUAUCUGGAAGACUCUAAGAAGGCAUCAUCCACUGCUUCAGAUACUUCGAGCGCUAGCAGUGGCCAAUCUGGGAGCAAUGUGAACAAGAAAGAGCAGUCUGCACUGCGAGCUGUUAUAAAGUGUGUCGAGGACCGUAAACUGGAAGCCAAGUUUCCACUGGAGGAUCUUCGGAAGCAGCUUGAAGAACUGGAGAAGGCCAAGACCGAGAAGAAAAAGGCAGCAUCAAGCUCUUCCAGUGGUGGUAGCAGUGGCCCUGCCAACAAGCGCAUCCGUGCAAGCAAUGGAGGCCCAAUGCCUCCUGCUAAGGCAGGUCGUCUCACUAGCAACGCUUGUGUGUCUUCUUUCCCAGCUCCCGCCACAUUUGCCCGCUCUCCCUCCCACACAUCAUACGCCACAACCUCCCCUUCCCACACAUCAUACGCCACGCCCUCCCCUUCCCACACAUCAUACACCACGCCCUCCCCUUCCUAUGCAUCAUACGCCACAGCCUCCCCUUCCCACACAUCAUAUGCCACGGCCUCUCCCUAUCCUUAUGAUAGGCCGGCUGGACAUGGCCUCUACUGCAACCAGAGCCCACCGGCGAUUAGAGAGCCAUAUGUCUACCCAGCCAAGGAGGUAGCUAAUGUCGGCAUUGGCAUGCCAUACUCCGCCCCUCCCAUGAGCUACCCUGCCCCCUAUGGCGGAUAUGGCAAUGGGAUGGGAGCUUACAACAACGGAAUGGCUCCUGCCUUCCACCAGGCUUACUACCGGUAGGUUCAGUCAAAAAAAAAGUCGCUGAUGAAUGACAUGACAACUGAUGAUGCCAACGACUCAAAAUCGCGCAAUGGCCCUAUUUUGUAGUGACUGACUACAACGGUAGGUUGGGUAUGCCAUCUCAUAUGUUCUUACCACAACUACUAGACGCCUUGUGUUAGCUCUCAUCUCAUGCUAGACCACUACUUUUUACUACUACUAAGGAACCUGGAUGUAAUUAUGUAUGCUAUCCUUGAGACCCUCGUCACCUUAUGUAAUUCUAUUCAGAACUAUGAAACCGCCCCCAAAAAAAUCAGCAUGUAAUCCUUAAGUACUUGAUGUACCAUGGACUUAUUAAAGGCCUUUUCUAGUUUA